UUCUGCAUACUGUUGGUGCCCGUGGUACUGCUUGGGCUGGAAGCCAGGAAUGCUGCCUUCAGUGGCGCUGCUGGUCACAUCACUGAGGUGCCACAACGAGGGCCGACUCUCCGGCUCACACAAAACCUGGAGCGAAAUUCCAUGGGGAAUCGUCUUUCUCUUCGGCUCGGUACAAGUUGCUUCGAAGCUCGUCCAGACGUGCGAUCUUCUGGGGGAAAUCUUCAACCAUUUCGACAGGACGUUCUGGGUGCGGACAUCCCCGCUCGGGGUGCAGAUGAUACUCGCCACCAUGGCGUCCCUUCUGGCGGAGAUAACCGACAAGAGAAAACUCGUUCAAGGGAUGAUGCCCAUCGUCUCCAACAUUGCGACGUUUAAGAACAUGUACCCAACGUACUAUGCAAUCCCUGUCAUCGUUGGAGCCUUCAGCAAUCUCAUCAUGCCUGCGUCUGUGCCGCUAGUCAUCUUGCAUGAGGUGGCCAGAGUGUCCUUCCUGAAGCUGUUCAUCCUGGGCCUCCUGCUGAAAUUGCUCAUUAUCACGAUGGUCUUGAUCACCGUCAACUCGGCAGGAAAAAUGAUCUACGGCUUUGGCCAAGCAGCCAUUUAA